CAAAUCUCAACGUCAGUUAGCAACAAACUCAGAAAGACGAUUUGGUGAAUGUAGAUAAGUUUUAAUAUUCAUAAAGUCUCAAUACCAAUCUAAUAUUUGUUGAAUUCAACGAAACAAAUACUGAAUAAUUGUCCAAAUAUGGGAAAGAAGGUUAAAAAGGAUGAAAAGGCUCCCCCAGAGGAUGUGUUUGAUACAUUAUUGGUAGAGAGUCGACAAGCAGCAACUGUAGUAUUAAUGUUAAGUAGUCCUGAAGAAGAUGUUCAAGCAAAAGCCUGUGAAGCCAUUUAUAAAUUUGUUGAUAAAUGUGAUGAAAAUAAAAAGACUUUGAUGGAUUUAGGAGCAAUUGAAGCAUUAUUGAAACUAAUGGCAGGUGAAGAUAGAAUCUCUAGAAGAAAUGCCUGUAUGGCUCUAAGUACUAUGUGUGCUAAUUCUGAUGUAAGGAAAUAUUUAAGAAAGAGAGAAGAAUCUAUACCAACACUUGUUGCUCUGUUAUCUCCAGAGGAAGAUGCAGUUGUUCAUGAAUUUGCUGCCUUGGGGUUAUCUGCCCUUGCUCAAGAGUUUACCAGUAAAGUGGCAAUAAAUGAGAGUAAUGGACUUGAACCACUAGUUAGAUGUCUGUCCUCUAAUGAUCCUGAUGUUCAGAAAAAUGCUGUUGAAGCUAUUGCUCAAUUAAUGUUAGAUUACCAAACUCGGUCUAACAUUAGAGAUUUUGAUGGAUUAGCUCCUAUGUUAGAAUUAUUGAAGUCAGAGUAUGCUAUCAUCCAAAAGUUGGCUCUGUUGGCCUUA